AUGGAGAUCUUCUUGUUCGCUCUUCUGCUGAGCGCCGCAGCUGCCUCACAGCUGGAGGAUGAUGAUAAGAUAAUAGGUGGAUAUGAAUGCUUGCCCCACUCCCAGCCCUGGCAGGUCUAUUUCACGUAUGGCUCAGACUACCGCUGGUGCGGGGGGUCUCUCAUCAGUGAGUGGUGGAUCAUCUCGGCAGCUCAUUGCUACAAAACGCCCAGGACCCUGGUGGCUCAUCUCGGGGAGCAUGACACCAGUGCAGACGAGGGCACUGAGCAGCAUAUCCAGGUGGCCAAAGCCUUCCGGGUCCCCCAGUACAACCAACACACCAUGAAUAAUGACAUCAUGCUGGUGAAGUUAGCCCAACCGGCCCGGUUCAGUGCCUACGUGCAGCCCAUCCCCAUCUCCAGCAGGUGCCCUGUGCCAGGGACGGAGUGCCUGGUUUCUGGCUGGGGGAAUCUCCUCACGUCUGGGGUUCAGUACCCAGAUGCCCUACAGUGUCUGAAUGUGCCCAUCCUCUCUGACUCUGCGUGCCGUGCUGCCUACCCUGGUCGCAUCACCACAAACAUGUUCUGUGCUGGCUACAUAGAGGGGGGCAAGGACUCUUGCCAGGGAGAUUCCGGUGGGCCAGUGGUCUGUAAUGGAGAGCUGACGGGGGUGGUGUCCUGGGGCAUGAAGUGUGCCCAGAAGAACUACCCUGGUGUCUAUACCACAGUAUGUAACUACGUGUCCUGGAUUGAGGAGGUCAUUGCCAACAACUGA